AUGACAGGCGCAGACCACACCACGAUGUUCCAUGGCCUAGUAGAGGCAAAACGGAAAGAGAUCCCCGAGGCGAAGCGCCGGAGGCUGACCCGUCCGUCGCGACGUGUCCCGGGCGAGAGCCAGCGGGAAGGUGCGCCCCCGCUAAUGCAGGAAUACAUGCAAGAGGCCCACAACAUCCUCACCCACGUCAACACGCUCUCGCGCAUGCUCGCGAACAUCCGCAAGCCGUAUCUGGACGUGCAUUCGCGGCACCCAGGCACGUCGUCGCGGACGGGCGAGCGCGCGCUCGAUUUCUCGGAUUUGGAAUCGUCGUUCCUUGACCGGCGGCAUUUUACCAACGAGGAGCGGGACCAGAUCGACUUGCAGGUGCGGGUGAUACUGACGCGGUGCGCGGAGCGGGUAAAGAACAUGGAGGCCCUGGAAAAGCAACGCACCGAGCUCGCAGCGAAAGAGGCGAAUCCCCUCCUACGCAUGCUCCCCGCGCGCCUGCGCCACGACACCUCCACCAUCGCCUCGGAGUACGUCGCCGCGCACAACGCGGCCGUCACAUGGUACCUCACGCGGCGGCUCGCGCAGGUCAGCCAGCAGCAGAAGGAGCUCCAGGAGGAGCGCGUGCGCCGCCAUACGGAGCGUACGCGCACGCUCGGGUCGGGCGCCGCGCAGCAGGCGAUGCACAUGAGCGUCGGGGACUCGAUGAUGGCGGACAGCUAUGGCCCGCCGGGCAAGAGCAUCGGCGCAAGCUGGAUCCUGGGCGGUGCAUCCUCGACGCUCGCGAACAGCUUCGCGUCCACGAUCGGCGCGCCGUAUUCUGCGGCUUCGUCGGCGACGGCUCUGCCGCCAGACGAGUAUGGCGACCGCUACGACGAUGACGAUGACGACGAUGACGAUUAUGACGUCGAACUGUCGGCAUCCCAAAUACAGCAGUUCGAGAGCGAGAACGCGCAGAUUCUGCGCGCAGUGGAGGACACGUACGCGUCGGUGCAGCAGGCAGAGGUGCGACUGCUGGAGAUCAGUGCGCUGCAGAUGGAGCUCGUCGCGCAGCUCACGCGGCAGGCAGAGGUGACGGACAGGAUCUACGAGGACGCGGUCGCGACGAGCGAGCUCGUCGAGAAGGGGAACGUGCAGCUGCGCGAGGCGCGCCGCCGCGCGCGGGACGGGCGGAUGUGGAUAUUGCUGUUCCUCAUCGGCGCGAGCUUGUCUCUACUGUUUUUGCAUUAUUAUUAG